CGCCACUGAUCAAGUAUGUUUUGUAGAGGAAACUAGUAAAAUAAUCGAAAGUCGAAGUCGACUGUUGUGUUUCUCGUUGCCCUUCGCCUUCACCUUGCAAGUAGUAGGGGUGAUUGAGCCCAUGAUAACAAAGUCGGAUCAGCUGCUUUAGCACGAAAAAUACGAAAAACCAUCAUGCUCAACUUUGCGAUCGCCGAGCACUUCCGCAUCCGAAAGGACGAGAACAUCGUCGGAACGGAAAUAGGUUGUCUUCCGAACGCCAAACAGCAAAACUUGCAGCUCGGCCCGCCGUUCUUCUACGAGGUGACGGAAAGGAAUAGUGCGGGCAGGGCAAAGAGCUCUGCAUCUGCUGACCGGACUACGGGGAGAACCGCCGAUGCAGAGCGAGAUGCCGACCCGGAGCCGGAGGAUCUUGAUGAUAAAAGCAACAAGCGAAGGAAAGUCACCUCACCCGAGCGAGGACCGACGCAGGCAGCAGCAGUGAGCUCGUCUUCAUCGUCAAGUAGCUUCUCACGGCCCCAGCCUGUUCUUGGGAGAAGCGAGCCACAUGAUGUUUUGAGUGUAGGCACAGGCACGACCCCUGCUGAACAAGUCAAAACAUCCAUCGUGCGGCUGCAAGCGCACCAUCCGAGGUAUCUUUCGACAGACGAUGAGGAGCAGCACACACGACACGCGGAGAAACCAAACAGAUGGUCGGAAGAUCAUGUUCUUGGCUCGUCACCGAGGGAAACAGACACGACAACGCCACUGCGCACCGCCGUACUGCACGACUUACUCCAAAACACAAAUUUCUUCGUAAAGUCCGCAAUCACGUCUCACGGCGUGGAUUUCGUCGUCUACGCCACGGACCCGAUCAACGCGCACGGGUAUUUUUUGGUGAAAUGUCUGGAAAAGGAGCAGUUGGAGGAGUUGAAGCCUUUGGAUUUGAUCUCCUACGGCCGGAUCGCGCAGCACGUGAAGAAAAAGAUUUAUUUGGCGUUUUUCGAAGAAGCACAAGCAGAUUAUCAGGAUGGCGAGACAGCUGCGACAGCAGAUAUUCCAGGUAGAAGUGAAGCGAACGCGAAGGAAGGACCAGAAAGGAAGAAAGUACGCUAUCGAAUGCUAGAAACUGCAGGGGAGUACAUAUAGUAACGGAUCUAUGUUGAUGACCACGCAGCUCCCGCCAAUGUAUAAUGGACAGGACGCCAGCAUUACUCUAGUAGCGACACACGACAAUUACAUUUAAGUACAGUAACGCGCUCACAGUCUAUGCCUCAAACUUGCUGCGAAGGUAUACGUAACGAAGAAUGUGGGCCUCAUGAGAAACCACAUGUUGUGGUUCUUAGAUCAACAUCGUCUUCAGUUCCCCAAUAC